AUGGCGUCCUGUGCUCUCUUUAUCCUGGGCCCUCUGUGGAUCCACGUUCUGACACAGGCCUGCAGCGGAGAGGAGCUGUCCCGGGAAGCGGUGUUGUCCUGGUUCAGAGAGCGGGUUCUGGAGGGCCUCGGGCUGGAGGAGCCUCCUCUAGCGCAUAGUCCCGACAGGGACAUGGCCCAGCCCGAAGCAAGGCACGCACCCCGGAGGGCCCCCAGGACAAGCAGGACAGCGUGGGUCAACCGUCAAAGCCGUCCGACCAAAGAAACAUCUCAAAUUAUUCUCUUUCCCGGCUCUGACUCAUCCUGUGCCAGACCUGACUCAGCUCCUGGAGGAACCUCCAACAGCCACUUCACAUAUUACUUCCAGCCCUCCACCAACAACCACGAGACCCUUGUCACAUCUGCCCACUUCUGGUUCUAUGCGGGCGAAGGAGCCGCGGCCAACUCCUCUGCCCAGCUGUUCAUCCUCACUGCAGCGCAGCAGCUUCUUCGGGCGGCAGAGGCUCCAUCCGAGACGAGCUCGGAUGGAUGGACCACCUACCACCUGGAUCAAACCCUGCUCGCCUCUCUGCGCGAGGGCCCUUUUCUGCUCCAGGUCCGCUGUCCAGCCUGCCAGUGCCGCGCCAAUGAGCCAGACAAGACGCCCUUCCUUCACCUCCACGCUCAGCCUCGUGGUCCCGUCCGCUCCCCCCGCCACGCGCCAGUGACCAUUCCCUGGUCUCUUUCUGCCAUCGACCUGCUCCGGCGGCCCUCUCAGGAGAGACCUCAGCACGACGACUGCCACAGAGCAGAGAUUGAAAUCAGCUUCGAGGAGCUGGGCUGGGACAACUGGAUCGUCCAUCCAAAGCUGAUGACUUUCUACUACUGUCACGGGAACUGCUCCGCCCGGGAUCGAACCGCCGCCAUGCUGGGGAUCACGCAGUGCUGCGCUCCGGUCCCAGGGACCAUGAAGUCCCUGAGGAUCACCACAACAUCUGACGGCUGGUACUCGUUCAAGUAUGAGACCUUGCCCAACAUCAUACCUGAAGAGUGUUCUUGUAUCUGAACAUUUUAGCUUAAAAGAGCCCGUUCUCCCAAAUGACCAAAAAAUAAAUAAAUGACAUGUAUUGUUUACUUAUCUAGCUAUCUCGCAAAGCGGUCAUUUCUGGUUUUAUGUGCUGAGGUUUUUGACAUUUCUGCCUCUAAUUUGAACUAACUGCUACCAAAGAAUUAGUCCCCUCUGAAAACUGUCCACAGCAAGUCUGGAAAAUCUGAAGCACAUAAAACGUCAGAUACAACUUAGUUAGAAAAAGUAUUCUAAUUUAUGUGAAUAGAACCUUUAAAGCUCUGCUUUUUAAUGCCACUUGCUAAAUCACAUACUUUCAUUUAGGUACGGUAAGUAGAAAUGGUGCAAGGCCGAGCCUGUGGGUGUGAUUCCGACCUUUAGAGGGCAGUGUAAUACUACUUUUCCCCUGUAUCACUUAUCAAUACCUUCAUGUAUAGCCUGACUGCUAUUAACUACAAUAUGAUAAAUAAUUGAUUUGAA